AUGUCUGAUAAGCACUAUUUCCCCUCCACCAGUGCCAACUCUUUGGUCCCACGAGCAUUACGAGCCCUCGUAUCUGCAAAUGACCACUUGGCUUUGGACUUUGCAGAGAGAGUUGUUUCAAAUGCCUUUCACGAUGAUUCAAAAGUGAGUAUCAUCAGUGGAGGCGGCUCGGGACAUGAACCGGCCUGGAGUGGUUAUGUCGGUGAUGGCCUACUUUCGGCUGUUGCAUGUGGUGAUAUCUUUGCCUCGCCCAGUGCAAAGCAGAUUUUGGCUGCGAUUCGUAUGGCACCGUCAAAGAAGGGUGUGAUCUUGCUGAUCACCAACUAUACUGGUGAUCGGCUUCACUUCGGUUUGGCGGCUGAAAGAGCCAAGGCUGAAGGGCUGGUCGAAAACAUCGCCAUUUUGCAUGCCACCGACGAUGUCUCGAUCGGAAGAAGCAAGAACAGCCAUAUGGGCAGGAGAGGUCUGCCAGGACAUGUUUUCACCAUGAAGAUUAUUGGAGCUGCAGCCGCAGAAGGCUACUCAUUUGACCAGUGUCUUGCACUGGGGCAAGCGAUCAACGCGCAAACUGUCACAAUUGCGUCGGCACUUGAUCAUUGCCAUGUACCAGGCCGAGCUCAACAGUCAUCUGUCUCAGACGACGUGGUCGUCAUUGGCGCCGGCAUUCACAAUGAGCCUGGCCAACUUCAUAUCUCUCCAGCCCCUUCAGUCGAAGAACUUAUCGAGAGGUGUCUCAAACUCCUGUGCGAUGAAUCUGAUACAGAGCGAGGCUUUGUCAAGUUUGAGCGAAAUGAUGAAAUUGGCUUACUGGUCAACAAUUACGGCGGUCUCUCCGUUCUUGAACUGAACGCCCUGGCCGAUGAAAUUCAAAUCCAACUGAGCUCACGGUGGAAUAUCAAACCCUGCAGAACUCUGUUUGGUGCAUUCGAGACCUCUCUUAAUGCACCGGGCUUCUCUAUCUCUCUAUGCAACCUCACAGCUGCGGCUCGGCAAUCGAACGAGCCUGUGGCCACCCUCAUCCGCCAAUUCGAUAGUGCCACGACCGCUGUAUCAUGGCCUAACACUACUCGCCCUUCUUCUUCUCAGAAGAGGAUUGCUCUGGAUCAUCUCGAUACCAAAGUAAAUUCGCAUAUUGUCGGAUCUCCCAGCAUCAAAUUUGACCCCUUGCUCCUCGAAACUGCCAUUCGGACCUCGUGCGAGAGGGCGAUUGCGGCGGAGCCAAGGCUCACACAGUGGGAUAUGGUCAUGGGAGACGGAGACUGUGGUGAGGCUGUCCAGGGCCUAGCCGAAUCUAUUUUACAGAUAGUGGACAAAGGAUGCACAAAAUCAGGCGAUGUUCUGGAGGUCAUCCGUUCCUUGUUGCAAGGUGUGGAUGAUAUGGGCGGCACUCUCGGAGCAAUCUUUGGUGUACUUCUCUCGGCAUUUUCCACGGCCCUGAGGAAAAACGCGUCAGAGGACAAGAUUAGUCCAAACUCGGCAGAGUUCUACGCUACUGCACUUGAGUCUGCGGUCACAUCUUUGAAGUCUCAUACGGGGGCGAGGAUAGGGGACAGGACAGUCAUGGAUGUUCUACUCCCCUUCGAAGAAGAGUUCUCUCGAACGAAUGACCUUAUCUCAGCAGUCAAAGUUGCAGCGGAGAAAGCGGAAGGAACAAGGUAUCUCAAAGCAAAGUUUGGCCGGGCAACAUAUGUCGGGGAAGCGUCGAGCCAGGAGCUUCCUGACCCAGGAGCUUGGGCUUUCUACGAGAUAGUCGCUGGCUUGGCCGAUGGGCUUGGACUUUCCUCCAAUUAG